AUGACCGCAGCCGAGCUUCAAACGGAACCAGAGAAAUUUUGUGACAACCAAACAAAAAUGAACGGAACAGAAUUUUUGAAUCUCGAAAACAAAACAAAUAUGGCGCCGAUAACAAUGAUAAAAGAAAAGAAAGAGACCACGAAGUACGUAGGCACUGAUUACUCGUACAAACACGAAAUUGUCUGGAAGAAUGCCAUAGGUUUUUUAAUACUGCACCUGCUGUGUUUGUGGGGUCUAGGAAUAUGGUUCACUGGUGGUGUCACUUGGAAAACGACUGCUUGGGUGAUCUUCCUGCUGUUCGUUUCGACUGAAGGUGUGACCAUCGGCGCUCAUAGGUUCUACACGCACAAAUCAUUUAAGGGAACGGCUCCACUUCGAGCUAUGUUAAUACUUAUGCAAACUGUUGCUGGGCAGAACUCGAUGUUCAUUUGGUGUCGGGAUCAUCGUCUGCAUCACCGGUACACCGACACUGAUGCUGACCCUCACAAUUCGAAGAGAGGCUUCUUCUUCUGUCAUAUCGGCUGGUUGAUGACGAAGAAACAUCCCUACGUUUUGGAACUGGGCAAGAAGAUUGAUAUGAGUGAUCUACAAGCAGACUGGAUGGUCAUGUUCCAAAAGAAAUACUAUUAUUAUUUAUACUUCAUUCUCGCCGUAUUCAUCCCCGUGUGGGUACCUGUACACUACUUCGGAGAGACGGUACUGAAGUCUUUCUUGGUUGCUUACUGCGCGCGUUUUGUGUCCCAACUGAAUGGUACUUGGCUUGUGAACAGUGCAGCUCAUCUAUAUGGAACGAGACCAUAUGAUAAAAAUCUCCAACCAGUGGAAUCCUGGUUCGUAUCGUUCAUAAGCUUGGGCGAAGGUUGGCACAAUUACCACCAUGCCUUCCCGUGGGAUUACAAAGCUGCUGAACUCUCCAUGCACUUCAACCAGUCUGCCAGCAUCAUCAGAUUCCUGGAGAGGAUUGGCCUUGCUUCUGAUUUGAAAACAGCUUCUCCUGAAAUGGUGAAGAACAGAAUAAUAAGAACUGGCGACGGAACACAUUACGUCCUUGGUGAUGAGGAGCAUAGAAGUGAUGUAAAAGCCACUGGACCUCUGCAUCCCUUGAACCCGAGCUACACGGUCACUUACGAAGACCCGGAAGCCAGUCUGAAGCUGGAAGGACUGCCGCUGUUCCAUGAGAAAGAUGUUUUUGCGGACAAUAUCGUUUUAAGACAUACUGGAAGUCAUUAA